GGGGCGGUCCCGGUGCUGCGCGGCCCCGCCGCCGCUCCCAGCCGCUAUAAGCGGGCGGCCGCGGCCGCGCUCCGCAGUGCAUGGCCGAGCUCCGGCCGGCCCCCGCCGCUCCGCCGGGACCCUCCCCCGGGCCGGGACCCUCCCCCGGGCCGGUCCCGUCCCCUCCCCGCCGGCCGUGACCUUGGCAUCCGCCGGCCGCGGGGACGGCGCCGGGGACAGCGCCGGGGGAUGCGAUAGGCGGCGGAUCGCACGGGAAUAUUCUCCGGGGAGAGGGAGAGCGGCAGCCUCCUCCCGCGGCCGGGGAGCGGCACGAGAAGCGGAUUUAAGGAGCAUCUUGGCCCCUUUGUUGGGUGAGAAGGACGGGCAAGGAGCGGCAGGAUGAGCACCAGCAUUCCCUACCAGCAGAGCCCCUACAGCUCCGGGAGCAGCUCCUCUGCCAUCCAGUGCUACCGCUGCGGGGACACCUGCAAGGGCGAGGUCGUGCGCGUGCAGAGCAACCACUUCCACAUCCGCUGCUUCACCUGCCAAGUGUGUGGCUGUGACCUGGCCCAGUCAGGUUUCUUCUUCAAGAACCAGGAGUACAUCUGCACCCAGGACUACCAGCAGCUCUACGGGACCCGCUGCGACAGCUGUGGGGACUUCAUCACCGGCGAGGUCAUCUCAGCCCUGGGCAGGACCUACCACCCCAAGUGCUUUGUCUGCAGCACCUGCAGGAAGCCGUUCCCCAUCGGGGACAAGGUGACGUUCAGCGGGAAGGACUGCGUGUGCCAGAACUGCUCCCACGCCCUGCUCAGCACCAAGCCCAUCAAGAUCCACGGGCCCAGCCACUGCGCUGGCUGCAAGGAGGAGAUCAAGCAGGGCCAGUCCCUGCUGGCCCUGGAGAAGCAGUGGCACGUCAGCUGCUUCAAGUGCCAAACGUGCGGGGUCAUCCUCACCGGCGAGUACAUCAGCAAGGAUGGCAUCCCCUACUGCGAGUCCGACUACCACGCCCAGUUCGGCAUCAAGUGCGAGACCUGCGACCGCUACAUCAGCGGCCGUGUCCUGGAGGCAGGAGGGAAGCACUACCACCCCACCUGUGCCAGAUGUGUGCGCUGCCACCAGAUGUUCACAGAGGGAGAGGAGAUGUACCUGACAGGCUCUGAGGUGUGGCACCCCAUCUGCAAGCAGGCAGCCAGAGCAGAGAAGAAGCUGAAGCACAGAAGGACGUCAGAAACCUCCAUCUCACCCCCUGGCUCCAGCAUUGGCUCCCCCAACCGUGUCAUCUGUGCUAAAGUGGAUAAUGAGAUCCUUAAUUACAAAGACCUGGCAGCUCUUCCCAAGAUUAAAGCCAUCUAUGAGGUGCAGCGUCCCGACCUCAUUUCCUACGAGCCCUAUCACAGAUACACGUCGGACGAGACGCUGGAGAGAUAUAGCUAUGGGGAGUCCCUGGGGACCCUCUCCCCAUACUCACAGGACAUCUACGAGAGCUUUGACCCGCGGCAGAGGCGAGCCUCCAGCCCCGGCUACAUCGACUCCCCCACCUACAGCCGCCAGGGCAUGUCCCCCACCAUGCCCAGGUCCCCCCACCACUUCUACCGCUCAGGCACCGAGAGCGGGCGCAGCUCCCCCUACUAUAGCCAGUUAGAUGUGAGGUCCUCCACUCCAACCUCAUACCAAGCGCCCAAGCAUUUCCACAUCCCAGCUGCUGGCGAGAGCAACAUCUACAGGAAGCCGCCCAUCUACAAGCGGCACGACACCCCCUCUGCAGCCACCAAGAGCAAAACCAGCGAGGACAUCGCUCAGUCAUCCAAGUACAGCCCUGCCUACUCCCCUGACCCCUACUACCACUCUGAGUCCGAGUACUGGUCCUUCCAGGGCUCACCCAAAGCUCCCCGGGCCCGGAGGUUCUCCUCAGGUGGGGAGGAGGAUGGGUACGACCGGGGCAUGCACAAGAUCCAGAGUGGCAUCGGGAGGCUGAUCCUGAGGGAGGAGAUGAAGGCUCGCUCCAACUCCUACGCAGACCCCUGGACCCCCCCUCGCAGCUCGGCCAGCAGCAGGGAGGCCCUGCACACUGUGGGCUACGAGGGCUCCCUCAAUGGCUCUCCCCGCACCCAUUACCUGGCUGACAGCGAUCCCCUCAUUUCAAAGUCAGCCUCGCUCCCUGCCUACAGGAGGAACGGGCUGCACAGGCCUCCCAGCGCGGAGCUGUUCCACUACGACAGCACCAACGCCGUCAACUGGGGCAUGCGAGAUUUACCCCUACGAGCUGCUCCUGGUGAAGACGAGGGGGAGGAACCAGCUGCCCAAAGACGUGGACAGGACUCGGUUGGAGAGACACCUGUCCCAGGAGGAAUUCUACCAGAUCUUCGGCAUGACCAUGGCCGAGUUCGACCGCCUGGCGCUGUGGAAGAGGAACGAGCUGAAGAAGCAGGCCCGGCUGUUCUGAGCCAGGGCACUAUAAAUAUAUACAUACCUAUAAAUAUAUACAUAGAGAGAUCUCUAUAUGGCAGCUCUGUAUGAUUCUGGGGGCUGCACGGGCCACUGGGGCCCUCCCUGCACCCCUGAGAGUGAAUUGGAGUCUUGCAGA